AAAUGUAUCCACUGUUGUGCAGCCACAACAGUAGCAACAGAGUAUUCUGCGGCGGAGCCUGUGAUAUUCACUGAGCUGAGGCUGAAGAAAUAACAUCAUGGGGAGCAAAUGCUCUGCACUCUGGAGGGAUAAAAUAAAGGAGGAGGAGUGCUACAAACCUGACCAAAAGAAGGAGGUUCCCACCACAGUGAAAAGAGAAGAGAAGUCUCCUCUCCUCCAAAAAAGGCCAUCUGUGCAGAAGAAGGGUGGAGCUGUAAAGCAGAGAACAGAGGAUGAGACUUCAGGGAGGCAAGAAGAAGAGACUGCUUCUGAAAAAAUUGGUUGCAGGGAGAAGAAUGUCACUCUGGCACAUGACUGUACUGUCCUUGAAGCUGAAGUUGACACCACAAGUUGUCGCCUCUCUGUGACACAUGAUUCUGAUUCAGACACAGAAGAGAAAGAAGCUUACUGGGUAGACAACAACAGGGCUAGGCUCAUUCAGAGUGUCACUUUGGUGAUGCCAGUAGUGGACGAGAUGCUUCAGCAACGCGUCAUCCAUAAAGAGAUGUACUCCAACAUUCAGGCUGCCAAAACCACCCAGGAGCAGAUGAGGGUGCUGUACAGCGCCCUCACAUCUACAAAAGCCAAAUCUGUCUUCAGCAGAAUUCUCAAGGAAAUUCAGCCUAAGAUAUGUGAAACAGAAGAAGUCAUCAAAGAAGUUAUCAAAAAGCACAAAGCACAUCUGAGGGAAAGGUUUACAUAUGAGCUUGAAGGCACUGAAACAGAUCGUAAAGAUGUAAAAUCAUUGGACAAAAUUUACACAGAGCUUCACAUUAUACAAGGAGAAAGCGAUUGUGUCAAUGAAGAACAUGAAAUCUGGGAAAUUGAAGAUAAGGCGAGGAAUCAGACAUCUGAGGGCACUAAAAUCCACUAUGCAGGUCGCUACUGA